AUGUCAAAGAACCUACAGAACCUGGCGCUGCAGGAAGAGUCGACAGCCACAGUCCCCGCAGACGUGAAUUUCCCUGCAGGAGGCCCGAAUCCGCAAGUACCUGUAAGUGCGGGUGGAGACAGGGAGCUCCCGGGUCCUGCUCGAAAGACUGCGUCCAGGGGUCGCGGUCUGGAAGCAGGCCCAGGCAGGCGUUCCCAAAGCAACAGACCCGGCUCAGGUCACGGCGCCUGCGCCGCUCCUUGCCCCGCCUCCGACCGGACGGCAAGGGGCGGGCGGCGAGGGAGCGAGUACGCGGACUCGGCUGCAGCCUCCAGCGACGCCGGAACUUUCAGCGGAUCCACUGCGGCGCGCGUCACCGAGUCUUCCGUCUCGGUCACCAACUCCGUGGCAGCACGCUCCAGGAGCGGCGUGAGGCGUGCGAAGGCCCCUCUGUCGGCAAGCUCCUCCGUCCGCGUAUCGUCCGCGCGCGCUCUGGGGAGCGCGUUCUCCAGCGUCCUGGCUGCCAGGGCAGUGGGCGUCCGGGCGGUGGCCUGGCUGCUACUCUGGGAGGCGGCUGGACUCACCAGCACACCAGCCACGACCUUCUCUGCCGCCCCCACCGACACCGGCAUAAGGGCCAUUUGUUCUGAAAUUAUUUUGAGGCAAGAAGUUUUGAAAGAUGGUUUCCAUAGAGACCUCUUAAUAAAAGUGAAAUUUGGAGAAAGCAUUGAGGACUUACAGACCUGCCGACUCUUAAUUAAACAGUACAUCCCAGCAGGACUUUUUGUGGAUCCGUAUGAGUUGGCUUCAUUACAAGAGAGAAACAUAACAGAGGCAGUGAUGGUUUCAGAAAAUUUUAAUAUAGAAGCUCCCAAUUAUUUGUCUGAGGAAUCCGAAGUUCUAAUUUAUGCCAGACAAGAUUCACAAUGUAUCGAUUGUUUCCAAGCUUUUUUGCCUGUGCACUACCGCUAUCAUCGGCCACAUAGUAAAGAUGGAGAAACCUUUAUUGUGGUCAAUAACCCUGAUUUACUGAUGUAUUGUGACCAAGAGUUUCCAAUUUUGAAAUGCUGGGCUCAGUCAAAAGUGGCAGCUCCUUGUGCUUUGAAGAAUAAGGAUAUCUGCCAAUGGAACAAUAUGAAAUAUAAAUCAGUAUAUAAGAAUGUGACUCUACAGGUUCCAGUGGGACUGACUAUACAUACCUCUUUAGUAUGUUCUGUGACUCUGCUCAUUACCGUCCUGUGUUCUACUUUGAUUCUUGUGGCUGUUUUCAAAUAUGGCCAUUUCUCCCUAUAAGUUUUAUGGCGUUAAAUGCUUUCCAUAAACCUAAAUAAGACUUAUUUAUUGGUGACUAGAAGUGUUCUUCUAGAAUUAUGUCAUUAUUUUUGUCUUCAUUUAUGACUAAAAUUAUGUCUACUAAGGGGAAAUUUUGGAUCAUUUUCAACUAAUUCCAAAAUUAAUGGUCUGAUGUAUAGACUUUUGAUAAUCUUCAAGCAAGUGUCAAUAGAGGAAACUUAAUUUUGCUAAAUUAAUAUUUAUUUUGUGAGAAGUGAUUUUAUCUUCAUUUUGGUUACAAAAAUGGGUACUUUAUGUAUUCGAGACGAAUUAUUCUCAUUUUAUGAGUGGAAACAUUUAAAUUUCAGCUAAAAAUUGAGAAAAUCAUUAUAAAUAAUAAAAUAUUUUGGAUGAAUCAGUUUAUUUAAACAUUAAUUUUAUGAGAAUAUUAAAGUUACUUAUCCAGAGUUUAAAGAAAAUAAAGUAGGACAGCUAAGAAAUUAUUACUAUCAAAAUUGAUUAUUCCUUAAAGCAUUUCCAUACUUCUUUUAUAUUUUAUUAUACUGUUUUGAAUAUGUGAAUUUGCAAAGGGUUUGAUGAAACUGCAUACUAAGAUUUAGUUUUGAUUUAGUACUGAAUUUGUCAGGAAGACAAUUCACAUUCUCAUUUUUAAAGAAUAUAUUUUAUUAAGUUGUACAUGAACAAAAAAUCUUCUUGCAUCUUCAGUGAUUUUUUUUUUAAACAAAAGCUCUUGAUCUACUAUUUUUCUUGGGAAAAAAAUUAGAAAAUAAAGUCAGCACUACACUCUAAUUAAAAAGGUAAGCAUAUCCUUCUGUUUAUUUAGGGCAAUGCAUUUAGAACAAGGAUAUUCCAAAACGGAAGCCAAUAAACCAGGGUAUGUUGCCAAUGUUUGUGUCACAUAGAGUAAUGGAAUGAUAAACAUUUAUGUAUGAUAUCCCUGCUUAAUUUCCUAAAAUAUUCUGGUGUUUUUAUGGGAAUAAAUCUUUUAUAAUUUGACGUGUA